AUGGCCUCCUCAAGCGAAACAGACAUACCACAUCGACGGUGGUUGGUGGUUGGCACUGUUCUCAACAGAGUUCUCAUGCCAUAUCUCAGAAUGAAGAUUCAACAGGAAAUGAUUCCAUUUUACCAAACUCUGGUUGCAAAUUUUGGUAUAGACAAGCAAACUUAUCGCUCUCACCAGAAAACUUUUCCUACAAGUGCGAUAAGGCUGAACUACGAAAGCAUCAACGGCAAUGACAUGUUUCGAGACCCGCGUUGCUAUGACUAUCGUGUACAGGAUGAAGUGUCUUUGGCUAAGUUGUUUAUGAGGUCUCACAUGGCACAUUUCAAAGCAUUCGAUAGUUCUUUUGAUGCUUCAGCAGCUCUUGCUGUUCUUUGCUCUGCUCCACCAUUCACGUCUGCGAAGUUGUCUGCUGAACGUGUGAGAUCUGAAGUACGAAAUGAAUGGGCCCAUUGUGACUAUGCAUCAUGGACAGACGUGAAAUACGACAGAUGCUUUGAUCUAAUGAAAACCUUGGUUGAAGACCUGGGACUUGCUCCAGCAGAUGAAGAAAAGCUCCUGGGUAAACUGCAGUUGUGGAGGGAACAUGGUAAGAUAUCAAUACCCACAUUUUGAUCAUACAGUAUAGCGUUGAACAAUAUAUAUUUCAGCGGGUGGUUCUCUGGAAUAAACCAUAGAAUUUCUGGAGAUUCAUGUCCUCAGCGUCUUGUGGUGACGUUUUUCACUUUACGCCAAUAUUCAAAUCAUUAAAAUUGGACUAUUCAAAAAUAAUAUAGGUUUAGCAAAGUUGGAAAACAGAGCUCCAGCUGGUUAAUUUUCACUGCCCUUUUUUUCACUAGAUUUCACCGAAGGUUGUUGGGGAGUUUAUUUACAGAAACGUAGGGAUCGGUUACCAUUUGCAAAGAGGGGGAUUAUCCAACUUUUUGAGCUAAAUUUUACGAACGAAUGUCGUUAAGGAUUGAGCAAAAUUAAAAAUGGACAAACAAAACCUUCCCUCAUACUUUGUGCGUAGUUAGUACUUCAGAUGGAAUUGCCCACUGUGGCAUUUGUUCGACUUCUAACAAAAACCUGCACUGGGCAUCAGGGAGGGAAGUUUGGCCAAAAAUUGCUUUUUUGGGACAAUUUUCUCCUUGAAAAUUGGAGUUUUGUUAGGUGAAUAGUUCAGAAAGCAGACUAACAGUUAAAAAUCUGUUUACAUGAUAGCAAAAUAUCACCCUUCCUCUCAACAAAAAUGUUAUCAUUUUUCCUCUAGCCAACCCCCCCCUGACGGCCCCUGUUCAUUGUCAUUUACAAAUGGGGGAACGUUUUUUGACAAGGCUUAAAAAUAAACAUUUUUGAAAACAUUUUUUUCUUACUUUUUUUCUUACUAGCACCCCGAUUUAGAUCAAAAUUGAAACAGGAUGUAAAUAUUUCACUCUUUGUGAACCAUUUCAUGCUUAAAAAUCCGCGGGCACUCAGUACAUUUUUGCAUGCCAAUCAAAUGAAAAUGUAUACCUGAGACAAAAUAGUAAAUUUUUGCAACUUUUGUUCGCCGCCAUCUUUCUUUCAAAUAAAGUCAUUGGGGCAGUGUUUAGCAAGAACGUUGGAUGGCUCGUAUAGAUUGCAUUCCUUUACGUUUUACAGUCCGUUACCGAGCAGAUUAACGAUUUUUGUUUUACAAAAAUUGGCGUCGUGUGGUUGGCGGCUAAUUUAUGCAAAUUACUACCCGCGAUAUAACUUGGCAGCAAAAUCCAAUAGGACAAUUGCACGAUGACGACAUUUGACUAAAACUACCAGAAUUCAAUUCGGUUUUGCUUUGUUAUUUAAAUUUGUCAAUCCCGCUGAGGAUUAAGGAACAAUAGCCUUAAUUUGCACAAGAAAACAACAAACUCAAGGAUUCUGGUAGUUGUAGUAAAAUGACGUCAUCGUGCAAUUGUCCUAUUCGACGUUUUCCAGCAAAAUAAAUCGCUUCGAUGGGAUUAUUAAUAGAUAACUGAAACAUUAAAUACCAUUAACAAAGCAAUCAAUGCGUGACUGCAUUUCAGAGGCAAAGUCAAAUCACAGACAAGUCACGGUUCGAUUAGGUCUCAUCCCCCGGGUCUCAUCCACCAUGUAGUAAUGCAUGUCGUCGCAUUCAGAUCCAUUCCCUCAUCUUCAGUGCAUAUCUACAGGGUUCCUUUCACACUGGCAUCCUGCCAUAUUACUGCAGCUGCUUAUGAUGGGCAGACACAACACACUGUCUUCAAGGUAAUGUAUCUUAGUCACGCAAUGUGUUACGUCACAAGCGCAGCACUGAUUUUAUAAUUCUUCUUUCCUCUACAUAAAUAUUAGAAUCUUCAUGAAUUUGUGUUUCAUUAAGCAUAAAAUCAGAAAAACAGUGUACCCCUCCUAUGUAGAUUUAGAAAGAAAGUGCCAUUUUAUCUGUUCGGUUGGACAGCUUGCUGAUCAAAAAGUUUCAAAACCGACUUGUCUUCCUGAAUUUGUAUGAAGGCCUUGCUCCUAAAGAGAACAAGCCAACAAGGCCAAAUUGAAUUACCACCGGAGUCGACGAAACUGAAGUUUGAGUCAUGCCAAAUUUUUGGAGGCACUUUCGUGUUUGUGUCAUGCAAGGUGGGAGACUAAGAGGGAGAAGCUUAUUUAGUCGCACAUCUUUACAUUUUUUGUCCUAACUUUGUGAGAUUAUUUGACGCAGCGUGGCCAGUCACACAAUACGUUUUACGCUCUUUAUCGUUUUAUGCUUGGUAUCUACUGUAUGACUGUGAGCGGGUCCUGUAAGGGAAAGCGGGUUUUGCUAAAUCCCUGACACAAGAGUUUGCAGCACAAUUUGCGCAAAAAGAGACUGGGCACUAUUAUGCUUCGCUUGCAAAGCGACUUGCAAAGCAGAUAUUUCUUAUGACCACUGCACCAAAGUCGUUCCUCAAGUAACAUACAAGCUUUAUUCUUAAUGCCAAUUUAGGGAGCAUGAAACAAUUUUGAAAAAUGCUAACGAUUUGUUUAGUUAAGCUCAUUUCAAUUCUGCUUAAUUAUAAAGUAAAAGGUAAUUUUUUAUAAUGAAUUAAAUUACCACGGGAUGUUCGUGGGAAAGCCACGAAUAAAUUAUAUUUCUUUGAAAAAAAAAAGAAAAAAAAGUAAAAACACCCGGCUGACAUUAUGCUAAGCCUACUUAAAUUCUUUUUGUCUUUCACCUUGCAUGAAACCGAAGUGCCGCCAAAAAAUUCUGACUCGGACUUCACUUUUGUCGUCUCCUCCUACUGAUAAACGAUGGAAAAUUUUUUCACAUUAAUUUCACCUUGUUCAGUGUAUAGGAGCAAGGCGUCUUUAGGAAUUUAGCAAAGACUGAAGUCCCGGGGGUUCUCAACAAAGUUUUAUAAAGGAACGCUCUGCCCCGCGGUGCAAACACAUACCCUUUUAUCGUUUUUUGACAGAAAAGGUACCCCUUCGUAUACCUUCUGUUGGCAAUGGUACCCUUUCACGUGCCUAGUUUAGAACUUUGCAUCACUCAACUGCUGUAAAUGCACUGCCUUUAAAAUAUGAAUAAAUCACAAAACCAGACCGUUUACUCAGCUCUUUUUACAGCCAUAAAAUGCAUCUGUAAGCCCUUUUUGGGCUUUUUUACCAACCGAAAUGUCAGUUUUCCCUAUCCUUUCAUAUACUUCAACAAGUGGAAUCCCAACCCUCUCAUGUACUUAAAACCUGAAAAUGAUACCCCUUUCGGGUGGAGCCCCUCAGUAUAGGCCAUUUUAGGGAGCACCCCGCGGGGUUCAAGUCGGCUUUGAAUUUUGUAUAUGUCAAGUUAAGUCAAGUCAAUUUUUAUUUAAACUCACACAGAAUAAUAAUUAAUACCAAGAGAGGAUAAAGGGGAAGGAGAAGUCAUCCCCCAUACACACCCUAUUCCAUAGGUAAUUCGUCUUGAGUUAUUUUUAGAAUCGGGAUAAAGUUACCUCGCACGCUGCGUGGAUGUUUCGUGGAGGGUUUCGCAUGACUAAACGCCACGCAAAACAUGUCGGGCGAAAGGCAAUGAAAGCGUAAAGAGAUCGAGAGCAUUUCUGAAUAUUGAAGCGAAAUGAGUUGGCGCUCACCUGGGAAAAGCGAAUCGCUCAACUCUUUGACAACCCGUGAAAUCAGUUUAACUCGAAGUUAUCGUAACCUCAGUGCUUUAAUAAUAUAUAGAUUUAGCCAGGGCUAAAAGCGAAGCUCUCGUUAAUAAAUUUGUAAUUUAAAUAAAACAAUAAACUUGUAUUCCACAAAUCAGUAAACUUUAGAGCACAUUUAUAUACUUUUGAGGGAAAGGUUAAGUGAUUUUAGAGGAAAAUAAUUUGCAAACAGCCCAAGAGUGAACCAAAUCUUAAAUCGAGUUGAUAGCCUUAUAUGUACACCCAAAAAAUAGCAAUCAUCUUCGAUCACAUUUAAGAGCCGCAAUGGCUCUUGAUCAUAGUAGAUUAGGCCUGGAAACCAAAUCCUUGGAAAACAAAUCAGGCCGAAUUUAUUUGCGUUCGACAAGUUUGCUUUACAAAAUCCGGGGCUAACAAAUCUGGGGGCGUGUAAACUAACCUAUUAUAUUUUUUAUACAUCACAUCUGAGGUGAAACAAUACUAUGAGGCACUGUUUUUAUCAUACAGCCCUCGGACAGCACUAGUUCACAAUUUUGAAACACAAAUUGCAUUCAUUCAAUAUUCAGGACGAUCGAAGCACACGAGGGCUUUUAGCGAAACGGCUUAAAAAAAUCUCAAUUCAAAAUCACCUAUACGGCCAGCCGGUUGCGAGCUGUGAAGUGUUUGAAUGAACAUUAAUAGAGCAACCAUUCAACAUAACAAAGAAUUUAUCAUGUUUAUUUUUUAUUUAGUGGUUUUAUAACGAUGUGCAAUCUUCAAAAGCGUUUGAUACGCGCGGCGUUUUGAGUACUCCUGCAAGCGAUGUUCAUGAACGACUGAAAACAAACGGCACAGCGAUUAAAAAUUGCAAGAGAGACUACUGACAAUCCAUAAAAGAAAUAUAAUUCGGUGAAACAUGUACAGAGACAAUAACUUUCAUUCACGAAGACAAUAGUAUUAAAGUGUCUCUAAAAAUCCUGAGUCUUCAAACUUAAAACUUAAAGUUUAUGUUUUAAGCCGGCUUCCCGGUGUUUGCUUUUUUCAAAGAUGAACUCGAGGCAAGAAAAUCGCUCAAGCUUUCGUUUACAGCCAGAAUUAUAACAAAAUUUUCUUUGGAACGUUGUCUUUCUAUUUGAGGUGAGAAAAUGUAUAAAGGCUUUUAAAAGUUCUGUAAGCUUAUACCAAACCUGAUACUAGGUCAGAUCAUUUGUCUCAAAUCUUACAAACGUGCAUAAACUAAAUAGCCGCAUAAACUACGCUCGACUUCAUUAAAUAAGAUAUUAAAGACAAAUAUCAGAUACAAUAAUUACUCAGGCUUACCAUUCGAGAUGCAGUUCCUGGAAGCUAUGAAGUAAGGCCAAAAUCGCUUCAGACUUUUCAACCCUCUUACGCAUCAAGCAAGGUGAAAAACGAAAAUGAUGCCAUCCGAAAUCGGAUUUGCGACUUUGACAAGCGACGUAUUUCACAAGCAAAAACCCGAUAAACAAACUAGCCUUGAAUAACAGAAGACUCUUGAUAGCAGCUGAAUUUCAUUUUGUACAAUGUUCAGUGGAAAAAGACAGUUAAAAACAUCACAAGUUGACACAAAACUCUGUCAGCUUCAGCUGUCAAAGUAAACAAGUUUCAAGUUGCUGCAUAAAUUUUCCGCAUGAACUCACCUGUCAAAUUUUGACCAAUCAGAGCAUAAAAACUGGACGUAGAGCGUGAUCAACGCGUGACCUUGGUGAGAAAAGUCAAAACAACUGGCAUGUCUUCCCUGUCUGUAAAAACUGGCUGAAUCUUAGCUUCUGAGGUCAGUUUGAAAUCAAAAUGUUAAUUGUGCGGCACAUAUAAAACACAACAUAUUUCAUAUGAAUUAAAAAAUUAAACUUGAGCCUGCAAUCAUUUGAAAACUAGUAACUUGUCAGCGGAUAACUGCAAAAAUACUCGAUCUCGAUGGGUCGACACCCGAGCCUGCGAUACGGUCAGGUGAUACUGGUCAGCGGAUACCCUGUUUUGACAGCUGUCCUUUGAUCACAACAUUGAUGUGCAAUAUGUGUGCAAUAUCAGUCUUCCUGUGCUCCCAAACUAGCUAGAAAGUGUGGGAUUGAACAUUGGUUGCCCUGUGGUGCGGACGGACGGGCAGCGGGCGGGCGGUGUACGGUCACGUGAUUACCAAAUUUUCUGGGAUGGGUAGAUUUACUUACCCAUGGUGCUCCGCAGGCGCGCUUCGCGCGCCAGAGCUCCGCUAAAAUGAGACAUUUCGCCGGUCUAUUGAAACCGGUCCUUUGUACAAUAAACCAAGUAGCAAGUAAUAUUCAUGUACAUGUAAUUAGUUGUACAAAUUUUAAUUUUAUUGUAGUUUUUUUAAGUUGUUAAGCGCUGUUGAUCAGUGAAUGUAAAUAGCGCUCUAGAAGUUAUUAAAUUAUUACUAUUAUAGGACACCAAGUGUUAUUUUUUUUGAAUAAUAAAAGACUGAUAAACGAAUAAAUAUCAAACCAGAAAUUGCUCUCUUCAAAUUGUAAAUUAUAAAUGAUCCUGAGAGAAUAUUCACUGUGUUAAGGAUUUCCCUGCUGUACUGUUAGCUCUAUACAAGAGAGGAAGGGCGAUUCUUUUUUUAAUUUCCGUUUCGCUGACACAGCUUUAGCAGAAAUCUCUCUUUAGUCGUUUUCGUCGACAAAACGAAUAGCAAUAUUGCUCUCCGCGUCUUCCGCCAUUUUUUUCUGCCUCAAUUCGUGGAGGACGCGUGGCUCUGGGCGUGGGUCAUCCACACGGAACACAUUCGCGCUAUGUGAUUGGCUGUUGUCUAAUCCCCCUUGGGAUCUGUGGUCUUAAAAAUAACUGGAGAAGAAUUACCUAUGGAAUAGGGUGUGUAUGGGGGAUGCCUUCUUUGUCCCCUUUAUCCUCUCUUGUUAAUACAAAUUAGUGCUUUAAAAUAUAAAAAUCCAGAGAUUGUAAAGGAAAGAAAAUUUCAAUUGUAGGUUCAAUGGCAGAAACUAACCGAGCAGGUGACCCAAACAAGAAUAUGAGUGGAAUGAAUAUAGAUACAAGUUAGUUGUUUUAGAUAAAAAGAAUUUACUUCAUUAAUUAAAUAGUAUUAUAACAUAGCUAGAAAAUUCCCCUAAUCAAAUUCAAUAGCGCGAGCGUGCUUCAUGUUGACGUCAAUAAAUUAUUCGUAAUUCCUCGAGUUGUUGUGAGCUUAGCAAUCCUGAGUCUCUUGAGUGCAUCCAUAACUCGGCCGUACACGAUAAAGCGUUUACCAUGUGUUUUAGAUGGAAAUUUUCAGAGGAAACGUUUGAAUUUGUUAACCGAUAGUAAGGAAAAGAGGUGAGUGUUCUUGUUGUUGUUGUUAUUGUUGUCAUCUCCGCGAGCUGUGCGGGCUAUGGCGUGAGAUCAUUCUUUGCAAAGUUGUUUUCUCUCAAUAACAAUUUUUCGGUGAAUUAAUAGUUUUCCGGCACCUAAAUAUGGAUGCAGACUGCAGACUGCAGACUGUGCAGUCCGACUGUUAUUUUUUUUACUUGUACCUUAAUUUUCUAGUAAAAUUUUUACUAUAGUUUCCCGAAGGAGGGAGCACGAUGGAGGAAGGUAAGCUGUUUCUUUCUGUAACUGUAUUAUAUUGCCACGAUUAUUUAAAUUUUUUUAGUUGAAGAAGCUUUUUCAGGUUAAGUGACUUAAAAUAAAACCCUUUUCGGCUUCCUACAACGGCUAUGAGAGAGGCAUUUCCUCUUGAGAAUCGAAUAAAAAAAAUACAUAAACAAAAGUCUUACCCUAAUCUUCCGAGCUAACAACGAUAACAUCGGUAUCUGUAAGAUUUGAAGAAAUGACGGCAAGUCACCAGUUUGAAUUACAGAGCGAAACCAAAGACGAUCAUCAACAAUCAAGUAAAUUGAUGAAAUUUCUAUCUCGUAACCGUGGUAGGAAGCCGAAAAGGGUUUUAUUUUAAGUCACUUAGCCUGAAAAAGCUUCUUCUACUAAAAAAAUAAAUAAUCGUGGCAAUAUAAUACAGUUACAGAAAGAAACGGCUUACCUUCCUCCAUCGUGCUCUCUCCUGCGUGAAAGCGCCGCAGCUAAAAGCAAGCGAAACUGCUUUUACAUCUGCCGGUAAACAUGAGCCCGUGAUUUUCUCAUUUCCUGCCCAUGACCCUUGCAGGUACACAUCAGUGCACAUAUGAUGGUGGUGAUGCACAGUGCACAUAAUGAGAGGAAGCAGGAAACUAUAGUCAAAAUUUUACUAGAAAAUUAAGGUACAAGUAAAAAAAUAAUACUCAGUCUGCACAAUCUGCACAGUCUGCACGGUCUGCACGGUCUGCACAGUCUGCAGUCUGCAUGGUCUGCGUUUCAACAUGACCGACUCUUACGUCUCUUUCGUGUUCUCCAAACUUCCUGCGUGCUCAAUAUCUCGACAUUGCCUAGUCCAUAGGCCUCAUUUUUAUGCGAGACCGAUGCGUUUUGGGUCACGUGGUCCGAGAAAGUUUUUGAUCGGCCCAGACAAACUCGGAGAAGUGAGGUUUUUUCUCACUUGGGGCGGAGCUUUUGGAAGCGGGCGAGCUGUCAAUAACUUUUCCGCGCUGAUGAAAGAUGUCCUGCGGCCAUGGAGAGUACAGAGGAACGAGCAUUUUUUAUUGUAUGCACGUUUUCAUUGUUGAAAGUCGUUUUGCCUUUCUUUUUCAUUUAUCUCAUUAAACUAAUUUGAAAUUUAUUUCAUCUCAAAAACUAUUUUUAGGCUAAGCAAACCAGCGUCACAAAAAAACUAUUUGAUCAAGAAUCGGAAGGUAAGCUAAAGAAAUAAGUUUAUAUUUAUUCUUGGAUAUGACAAACGAUCUUUCGUUUCUCUAUUUUCGCUUGCUCUUAUAAAUUGCUCGUUAUCAUUUCACAUCGAAAUACUUUAUGUAAUUUAAUUUUUGUAUUUGGAAGCUUAUCAAACUAAUCGGACAGGCUGUUGAAUUUGGUCUCUAAAUUUGGUAGAAUGUCAACAAACUACUGUUUCAAAUCUUUUUAUCAAUAAAGUGGUUCAUUUGAAGAUAGACUAAAAGAGAAAUUACUUGCACGUUAUACAGUAGUAUUCUUUCCAAUUCAAAGUAAUAUUUUAUAAUAUUGUUCUUUUAUAACACGACCUAGGUUAGUUAUUUUUGUUAUUGUGCCAAUAGUGCCGAUCUUUAGCGAAGGAUACUCACGCGCAAAGUUAUUUAUAGAUUAUUUCAGUUGACCGUGUGAACUUUCCAAAAAUGCAAAAAUGCUCACGCAUGCGCACUCCCAGAUUGUCGAGGCGUCUCCCGGCCGUUCGUCUCGGAUACGUCACCGAAAUGCAUUGACCGAGAGGGCCUGAAAAGACGCCGUACAGGGACUAGGCAGAUCUCGACAUACGCACGCUGCCGCAUGAACUAAUUGUUAAGUUAAAGGUAAUACUAGAAAUACGUAUCUCGCAAUACCCUCGCGAAACUCGGUUUGUUAACGGCACUCAAGUUAAGCCCUGUCGGUCGGGGUUAAGAACUGGAUGGGUGACCAACCACGAAUAUCAUCUUAAAGGUCCAUACGUUGUUCUUUCCUUUCUUCUCCUUCUUUUUUGCGUUUUAUGUGGUGUUAUUGUUAACAGUGUAUUGAAAAGCAGAUUUAGCAUUAUUUCGGCGUCCGGAUUUGGAAAAGGACAAAAACAAAGAACAAAUAUGGCCCGGUGCAGUUCGCCUGAAAAUUAUUAUUCUUCGGGCCGUAAUACAGAGCUGAAACUUUGCAGACUUUGAUCUACACAUAUCGGCGGGGAUGGGUUUUCGACAGUGAACGAUCAUAAUGCCUCUGAUUCCAAUCUCCUGUUCCUCUGUCUCUUGUUGUCGGCGCUGCCUUCGCUGUGCUAAGCGAUGUUCCUUCUGCUCCGCGGUUUCUUGUUGACGUCUUCUUCUUCGUCGUUCAUGCUGAAUUUGAAGUCGGCGAUCUCGCUCCAGGGGACUUUCGGUGGAAAAUCUUUCUGGGCGAGGAUUUGGAGCCACUUGUUGUGCUUGUGUGUCAUUUGCAUGGGAAAUUGUUCGUGAUUCACCGAUGGUAAACUUUCCGGUCAGUAUAAAACAUGGACUGCGGACUGCGCACCUCGGACUGCCGACUGGGUAUAAAAUACGGACUAGGUAUAAAAUGGGGACUCCGGACUGAGUAUAAAACACGGACUAGGUAUAAAACGCGGACUACGGACUAUGACGACUUUAAAAAGGUAAAACUGAGAGAAAUGGAAAGCGAACUAGCAAAAACAGUAGUCCCAGCUUUAACAUUCCCUUUGCUGUUCACGUACUCUAUUCUUCCCACGGAAAAGAAAGGUCAUGCCGGUACUCAAGGCAACUGAAAUUAAACUCUGAAUUUUAUAAAAAGAGGGAGUUAGAAGAGAUGUCAAUUUGCAGUUUUAAGCACCGAAUUUAAAAAAAUAGUGCUGGUGUUAGUGAGAUCAGUAAAAUUCUUAUCGGAUGCCAUAAUUCCGUUUCAAAUAAAGCCUUGGGAAUACGAGGACUGAAUGAAGAACUCAGACGAGAAGGUCAAUAUAGGGGCAUUCCGCGAUGCACAAAAGCAGUAUUUAGGGGGAAGGGAUUACUCUCAUACGUGAAUAAUAACCGAAAUGAGUCAUCCAACGUUAUAUUCUAAGCGAUGAUUAUGAUGGCAUGAUUUACACCCUGCUCCUGAUCCCCGGACGGUGGUACUACUGGGAAUUCUUGGUGGGGGUGUGGUGCCCGGUUCUCCGAAUCCUGACCUUAUUGCAGACCAAAAAAUGUCAUUUUCCACAUCCGUUUUCAGACCAGAUCUCUGAAAUCCAUACCCAUGGCCUAAUUUAGCCUGUUCCAGGCUCUCUCAGAUAGUUGGGGAAACUCCCCAGUUUUGUCCCGUUUUCUUUUCGUGGCUUUCUCAAUUCAGCGGACCCAACUAUCUCAGAGCGUGGAACAGUUUAGGUCUAAUUAGGCAGAAAUUAUGUCAUCAUAAUAAGAGUAAGAGGGGAAACAAAAAAGUUCUCCAAAUGCAUUUCGAAUUCGCACAUUUCUAUUUCGUUCUUAUUCAUUUGGAAUUGAAACGAUAAAUACGUCCAUUCAUGUACGCUCCCGAAGUUCCCUCGAAAACCAUACCCGAUUCCACACCAAAAUGGGCAAAGUGUUUUCAGACCAAAAAGGCCCCAAGCCUCUACCCUUCCAUUAUAUAAUGACAAUGACAAUGACAAUGCUUUAUUUAUUUGGAGUCUUAUACAGUCCUAUGUACAUUGACUUCAUCCAAAUAAUUCAGAAUCAUAACACAAAUUGCACACUAAGGGAGUACCACCCCAGAUCCUGACCCCUUUCAUGAUUUUUAGAGACCGAGACAAGGUCUAAAAAUGGGUGAAGAAAAUAGCAUUUUGAUCCGGGUCAUGAUUCAGAGAACCGAGCGGCCCACCUACACCAAGACUGAUUUAUAGGAGUAUUUACAACUUUAACUCACGUGUCUUGCUAUUUAGCGAUCUUUUGAUCUUAUUUUUCCUUACCUAGAACCAAAUAGCACCGUUUUUACCAAAGUAGUCCGUAGUCCGUAUUUUAUACCCAGUCCGCAGUCCGCAGUCCGCGUUUUAUACCUUGUCCGUGUUUUAUACCCAGUCCGUGUUUUCCAGUCCGCCUUUUUUACCUAGUCCGUUUUUUAUACCCAGUCCGCAGUCCGUAGUCCGCAGUCCGCAGUCCGCAGUCCAUGUUUUAUGCUGACCGGUAAACUUUCAUUCACAGACGAUCAUCGGCGGCGAAGUCUAUGUUGCCUGGAAACGCAAAAUGCUCCAUGACGUCAUUGGCGGACACCAAGCAUACAUUCAGAGAAAGAAAGAUUUAUUUAUGAAGCCUCGAAUUUCGCAGCUGGCUAAGACCACGCGCGGUUAGCAGACUGCGUGCGCACUUCGCGCGCGACAAGAUUAUAAAGAAUAAUCGUAAAACAUUAAAAAUCAAUAAUAGUAUUUUAACCAUCAGUCAUAGAAUUCUUGAUAUAUUGUCCAAUUCAAACAGGUUAAACAGCACUUUCAGAAGGGUAUAAGUCUAAAUAAAAUGGGGUUCACUCUGUUUUUCUGACAUUAUACUUAAUAAAACUUUCAUGAACUCUUGAAGAUUUUAAUACUCGUACAGUAGAGGAAAGAAGAACUGUAUCAUAAAAUAAUGACCUCAAGGGUAUUGCUUAGGACGUGACACAUUGCGUGACUAAGAUACGUUACCCUGAACAGUCUGCUGGAAAAUUGCAAGACAAUCCAAAAGAGGGCCCUUCGCCGCUACCUUUUCUUCCGCGGAGAAGAAAAUUAAGUCUUUCUAUAACCAGCUGCAGUAAAUUGGCAGGUUGUCAAAGUGAAAGGAAACGUAGAGGUGUGCAUUGAAGUUGGGAAGAUGAACGAAGGAGUUUCAACGCAACGACAUGCACGGAUGAGAUCUAACGGUAACUUGUGAGUGAUGAUUUCACUUUGGCUCUGAAAUGUUUCUCGCAUUGAUUGCUUUGUUAAUGGUAUUUAAUGUCACAGUUUUCUAUUAAUAAUCCCAUCGAAGCGAUUUAUUUUGCUGGAAAACGUCGAAUUAGAUUUUCCUGCCAAGUUAUAUUACGGGUAGUAAUUUGCAUAAAUUAACUGCCAACCACACGAUGCCUGUUUAUGUAAACCAAAAACCGUACAUCGGCUCGAUAACUGACUGUAAAACGUAAAGGAAUGCAAUCCAUAAGAACCAUCCAACGUUCUUGCUUAACACUGCCCCAAUGACAUUGCUUAAAAGAAGAUAGCGGCGAUCAAAAGUUACAAAGAUUUACUAUUUUGUCUCAGGUAUACAUUUUAAUUAGACUGGCACGCAAAAAUGUAUCAAGGGCCCGCGGAUUUUUAAGCAUGAAAUGGUUCACAAAGAGUGAAAUAUUUACAUACUGUUUCAAUUUUGAUCUAAAUCAGAGUGCUAGUAAGAAAAAAUGUGUUCAAAAAUGUGUUCAAAAAUGUAUAUUUUCAAGCCUUGUCAAAAAACGUUUCCCCCCCUUGAAAAUGUCAAUGAACAGGGGCUGUCAGGGGUUGGGGGCUAGAGAAAAAUUGAUAACAUUUUUAUUGAGAGGAAGGACGAUAUUUUGUUAUCAUGUAAACAGAUUUUUAACUGUUAGUCUGCUUUCUGAACUUUUCACCUAACAAAACUCCAAUUUCAAGGAGAAAAUUGUCCCAAAAAAUGCAAUUUUGGGCCCAAACUUCCCUCCCUGAUCCCUAGUGCAGGUUUUUGUUAGAAGACAAACAAAUGUCACAGUGAGUAGUUUCAUCUGAAGUACGAACUACACACAUAGUAUGAGGGAAAGUUUUGUUUGACCAUUUCCAAUUUUGCUCAAUCGUUCAAUUAGCGACAUUCGUUCUUAAACAUCUGUGAGCAACGUUAGGUAUUUUCUGUACUGACGAUGAUCCGUUUCGUUGUGAAUUUAACUUAAUUGUUUUUUAUAGGGAUCUAACCUGCGUAGCAAACUCUAUUUUGAUGUAAUUUGAAUCAAAACCUCUUCCAGAGGAGUAUUCAUUUUUUUUUUACCGGUCUUGUCUUUCUGUUUAGAAUAAUGGUAAUUGAGUAGGCUAGUGUAGGGGUUUACUCGUAAGAUUUGCUAAUGGCCUAUCUAAUGACUGCUUGUCUGUUCUCAUUCUGCGUAGGAUUAGAAUUCUGUGUUGGUAAGCCCCUUUAUGACUCUUACCUUCAUGUGAUACGCGAUGAAGUUCAAGCGCUCUCUGGGUCAUUACCUGAUUUGCUAAAGUGUCACUUUGACAAAAUUCAAGCAAUGUUUUGUCAAGUGAUCAGAGGCGGGCACGAAAAAACACUGACGAGCCAAGAUCUGGGACCAAGAGCUUCUGGCUCCUUUAGCGAAAACGUGGAUAACAGUGGUGUUGCUACGAACUGCAAAUCGAAAGUGUUUGAUGCGCCAGAUCGAAACAAGUGGUUUACAGGGAGACAAGUAGAGAUAGAAUCGCUUGAAGGGUGCCUUGCGUUGAAAAACAGCGACCACCACUUUAGAUCGGCUGCUAUUUGUGGCCUUGGUGGAUGUGGAAAAACGACUUUAGCAGCUCAAUUUGCUUGGGAACAUAAACCAGAAUACGAGGGAGGUAUAUUUUGGAUCUCAAUGGAGGAUGAGAAGAAGUUUGACAGUUGUGUUUAUUACCUGGCAUUAUGUUUAGGACUGAUUACGAUGGCAGAUUCAUCAGAUUAUACACUGCAACAAAUUCUUUCGUUUAUAUCCAAUCAAAAAAAGCGCUGGCUAAUGGUACUUGACAACGUCGACCAACCACGACUUUCUGAUAACAUGCGUAUAGUUUUAUUUGGAAGGUGGAAAAGAGAGUCAAAUGGCCAUAUGAUAAUAACAACAAGACGGGAAAAAAAAGAAAUUUGUCAGUGGAUGGAUCUUGAGCCACAUUUUUGUGUAGAAGUCUUCUCUUUUUCUACCCAAGAAGCAAAAAAGUUUCUUUUAACUCGUGCUGGGCAUGGUGGUAACAAUGCUGCACGCCAGGAGAAUGAGCUAGAUGAACUGGUGGAUGAGCUUGGCUGUCUUCCCCUUGCUUUAGAGCAGGCUGGUGCGCACAUCCGGUCGCUUCAGUGCCCUUUAAGUAAAUAUCUGGAGCAGUACAAACGCGAACGGUUACAGUUGUUGAGCGAGCAUCAAGCAAAUCCCUCCUGGGAAUACGAGUCUCAAAGUCGUCUUUCAGUCCACACUACAUGGCUAUUAAACUUUGAGUAUGUGAAGACCUCAAAGUAUGGAAAAAUAGCAACCAGAUUUGUACAUGCAGCUGCUUUCUUUGAUCCGGAUGAAAUAUACGAAGGACUUAUUAAUGCAGAGCUGCUUUCUCGUGACGUUCUAGAUGGAAAAGAAGGGGAACUCCCUCUCACGAAUAGCCUCAUAGUAGAAGUUUUGACCAAGUUUUCACUUUUCCAGAGAAAGUCUGUUGGAUUUAUUAGAAUACAUCGCUUGGUGCAGGAAUUUAUUCGUGGUACAAUGAAAUCGGAAGAAAUCACAAAGGCAGUGCUCACUUCAUUUCAGCUGAUAAAGAAUGCCGCUUCGCUGGACAGUGAAUCGGCGACCGAUAAAUCUGUUUUCUCCACUAUCCGUCACUGGCUGUCAUUAAAGAGACAUAUAGCGCACCAUUUGUCUCAUUUUGGACAUAAACUGGAUGUCUUAUUGUCUAACAAACUGGAGAGAUUAAUAGAAGAAGGUGCUGGAGAAAUAGUGUUAGCAAUCACUCAUACUGUAGAAAAGUCAAAGCAAACUUUUGAAAAUUAUCGUACAUUGUCAGCGUUGGUCGAUGGUGAUUACGGCAAGUAUCUAGCUGUACCAAAGCGUAGUAUUAAACCAAAA